CAGCAUGUACACGAGAAGGUUAUCGCAGAACUUCGUCGCGUCCCCAUAUAACCUCAAACAUGUUCCGGAAAACUUGGGUAGGCUGCCGUUCCUGGCGUACAGGGGCGCCGGCACCCUCCCCGACCCGAUAUCCGGCGACCUGAGCGGCAAAAUCAAACGAUUCCUGCGGCACCGCAAAUUCCUCAUGGCGAUAUACAAGUUCUCCCACUCGUAUCCCGAGAAGGCCCUCAAACUGUGGAUCAGACAGUUGGAGUGUGUGUUCGCGCAGCGCGUCCGCCGCGGCCAGCAGAUGAUCUGCAUGUACUCGAAAUGGUGGGAGGAGAAGGCUUUCAAGGAAUUUUUGAGGAAGCUCAGGGUUACCAUCAAUCGCAACGGCAAGGAAUUAUUGUUGGGGGCAGUAGGAGUGUCAGCUUACAAUUGGGAAGAGAACCGAAUCAGGGACGCGGAAUUCACAGAGCACCUCUCGGAUUUGGAUUACAUUUAUAAUCUGAAGGAGCAAACCAUGUGUCUUCCGUGCGAGGAGGGCCACAAAUCUAGUCGGAACGUAACUCUGUGCAGGUGCGGUACCGGUGGGGUAACUACCAAGUCGUACGACGACUGGACGCCUUUUAUUGAGAAGGACGACCUAAUAGUGUGGAGGAGACUACGAGGUGACUCCCUCUACGAGUACAAAGUGUAUGGUUCUUACUAUGACGUCACUGCCGAAGACUUUUUGUACGUCCAAGUGGACUCGGAUUAUAGGAAGGAAUGGGACGCUACCGCAGUACAGUUGGAAAUAGGGGAAAGGGACGUCGAAUCGAACAGCGACAUACUUUAUUGGGAGAUGCUGUGGCCACGGCUGUUCGUGAACAGGGACUACGUGUUCAAUCGGCGUUACAAAAUAGAACCCGAAACGAACACGAUAGUGAUAAUAAACAAAACGACGGAGUACCCGUCGUUCCCCAAGUACCCGGAUAAGUACCGGGUCGAGGAUUAUUGGUCGUAUAUGGUGAUCAAGCCGUACGCGGACAUGAAAAAACCGGGCAUCGAAUUCAGCCUGACCUAUUUCGAUAACCCCGGGGUUAACAUCCCUGCGGCGGUCACCACGUGGGUCGCCAAGAGCGCGAUGCCCGACUUUCUCGUCAAACUGCGGGAAGCUAGCAAGAACUACAAGUCGUACUGUCUGAGGAAGGGUACUAGUAGAGCUUGCGACGCGUACCGCCUCGAAGAGAAACGUAAAAAAGAAGAAGAACAACGGAACAAGCUAGAAUAUUGCUCCAACUACAGGGUACAAGGCGAAAAGGCGGCGGAAGCGCUCCGGAGAUGGGCGGAGGAACACCUUUUCAAGGCCACAGCUGGGAACUCGGAAGCGACGGUGGCGCCGCCCGAUGGCCAAACGGCGCAGCCCGCGAAAGUACAAACCGAAUCGCACUUUUGGAAGUAUUUGCAUCCUUUGUAUUAUUUUACGUAACGUUGUUUAUACAUAUAUAAGACUAUGGGAUAGACGUACUAGCAAAAACAAGACUGUACUCACAAUUUUGAUUAAAGUUUUAUAAAAAUCGUAACCCAUGUUUGAAUUUACUAGG